AUGAUUGAUGAUGAUAAUGAUGAAAUAAAUAAAAAGUCGAAAGAAACUGUACAAGCUAAAGCAAUCAAAAAUUAUGGUCUUCUUUCAUUUGGAAAUGAAGCUGAAGAAGAUGAAGAAGAAAUAACAAAAAUUUCAAUGACAUUCAAACAAAAAGGAACAGGAAAAAGUGCACAUGAUUUAACUAAUGAUUCAACAUUAAGUAAAAAUACAGUUGUAUUAAAUGAAAAUAAUGAAGAAAGUGAUGAAGAAUUACCUAUAGAAAAACAAAAUUUUAAAAUAAAAGAAAAAAGUGAUGCAGAUUUUGAUAAAGAAGAACUUGAUCGAGUACGACAAAAAUUUAAUGCAAAAAAAUUAGCUCAACAAGGAAAGAAAAAAACACUUCAACUUGAUAUUGAUGAUGAUGAUGAUGAUAAUCAAAAAGAUAUUUCAACAACAAAAUCAAAUGAUAAUGUUAAACUUGAAAUUGAACGAUUAAAAAAAGAAUUAAAACAAACAAAAAAGUCAUCAUCAGCAUCCACACCCAAAUCAUCAGAAAAUGUCGUUCAAGUAGAAACAGAACCUGCACCUACAUCUAUUCAACCAGUUAUCUCAAGUACUACUACAUUAAUGGAUGAAUUAAUGGCAGGUACAAGACGAAACAAUAAAAAACAUCAUAGUAGUCAUUCAAAUUCAAGAGAAUCCCAAACACUUGAUUUAUUAGAAAGAUUUCGUGUAAAAGUUCAUACUGCUAAAGAUGAACAAAUUAAUGAACCUUUAAAUGAAACACAAUCAGAACAAAUAGCUGAUAAAGUUGAAACACCAUUUUUAAAACAUACUUUUGUAUCUCAAGAAUUAUUAGAUAAUGUUCAAGAUAUUUAUACGAAUGCUGAAUUAUUAACUGUUUAUGAUCCAAGAAAUCCAAUGACUAAACGACGACGAGAUGAAAGUAGUAUAUUACUUCAUCAAAAAAAACAUAAAGGACGUACAUAA